AUGGCAGACUACUACUCAUCUGCUUUUGUUUUUGCAUUAGUGGGUCUUUUGGGUAGUUUUCAAGCUUGUUUCUCCCAAAAUACUCCUGUGUCUGCAAAGAACUACAUCAGUUGGGAUGAUUUCAAGAUAAAUUUUAAGGAUUUGGGAUCCAAUUCAGGAAAUGCGUAUGACUUUAGCCAUGUUAUUGUGGUUGACAAAAAUGGAGGAGGAAAUUUUAGUACAGUUCAAGGUGCUAUUGAUAUGGUUCCAGAACAUAACACACAAAGGGUGAAAAUCUACAUUCUUCCUGGAACAUACAGAAAACCAAAUGAAGAAUUUUCAAGUUUUCAUUUCUUACUGUUUUACUUUGUAAGUGAGAAUGCAAAUGUAGAUAAAAAUCAAUAUGGUAUUGCACUGGGAACAUAUAACUCAGCAUCUGUAACCGUAGAGUCAGAUUAUUUCUGUGCAACUAGAAUCACUUUCGAGAAUUCUGCAGUUCCAGUUCGCAGAGGACAAGGCAACCAAGCAGUAGCCUUGAGAAUUGCAGGUGAUAAAGCAAUGUUCUAUAAAGCAAGGUUUUUGGGGAAGCAAGAUACGCUUUUAGAUGAAAGUGGAACACACUUUUUCUACAAGUGUUUCAUCCAAGGCAGAGUUGAUUUUGUAUUUGGCAGAGCAAGAUCACUUUAUAAGGAAUGCCAUCUGAAUUCAAUAGCUAAGAGAUCAGGAGCAAUUGCAGCUCAUCACAGGGAUUCACCAGAUGAAACAGGCUUCUCCUUUGUAAAUUGUGUAAUUACUGGAAGGGGACGUAUCUACUUGGGAAGAGCUUGGGGAACCUAUUCAAGAAUCAUAUAUUCAUACUGUAAUAUCUCUGAUAUCAUAAUUCCUAAAGGAUGGAGUGAUUGGGAUGAACCAUCCAGACACAAGACUGUAGAAUUUGGAGAAUACCAUUGCCAGGGAAAAGGAGCAGAUCAAAGACGAAGGGUAUCAUGGUCGAAGAAUUUCACUUCCGGUGAAAUUAGACCAUUUCUGGGUACAAAAUACAUAAAUGAAGAACAAUGGCUAAGAAUGUAG